AGAACUGAGAAGACAAUCAGUAUCACGUCCGCCGAGCACGCACAUGGAUCGUGCAAGUACCUGUUUCAGAAUUUGGCGCUAAUGGUUGCAAGCGGCUUCCUAUCGCCCAAUUCGACUGUGUGCUGUAUACUGUUCAACUAGCAAUAGAGGUAUCCAUAUCCACGGGAACCUCGUCGGACUCCAUAUUCUUCACCGGGACGUUGGUGCCUCAGGGAUCACUUCUUCUUGCGAAGAAGCCAGUCAAUCUCGCGCUUCCGCCUGCACCUCAGUCGCGGUCUCCUGUCCGACAACGCCACAUGUGAGACCGUGAAUUUGGCUGCUAUGGCCACCCCAACCGUCCUGUCUGCAAAGGCUACUGCGCUGGACAGUUCGAAAAAGCACAAGCACGCCUCCGCUCGCGACGUAGGCUUCAACAGCGACAACAACACCACUGCAAACAGGCAGCUGCCGAGCAAGAACCACGUCCGACUGCAAGCGCAAGAGCCACUCUCCUCCUCGGUCGGAGCUGGCGCCCACGAGGGAUCCGAUGGAGAAGAAGACGCAGAGGAAGACGAAGAAGACGACGACGACGACGACGACGAAAAAUCAUUCUACGACGACAUCUUAGAUGGUGUUGACUUGGAUCCUUAUGUCAAUGAUGGAAGCAUGGACAUAGACGAGCGCGAGAUCACAGCCCUUCUCAGCUAUCUGCGAGAAAAAGGCCCGAAAGCAUUCUUUGAAGAAGCUCUUGGAGAGAGACAGUACCCUCCGCGACUCCUCGGUAUUGCUUUCGGCAUCAAACCAACCCUUCCCGUGAACGAUGAGACCUUCCUUCGUCUACUGGGACAUGCUGUGACUCGUGCGUUUUACAAGCGAAAGAAAUUAACGCAAUACAACACAGUGGACGACGCCGCCCGAUUGAUCAAGGAAAGUCACAAGAUUAUUGUGAUUACUGGUGCAGGCAUAUCUACAUCUCUGGGUAUCCCCGACUUCAGGUCAAAAGGCACGGGCUUCUACGACAAGGUAGCAGCACGUGGCUACAGUGAGCCACAAGACGUGUUCGAUAUAUACGAGUUCGACCGCGAUCCAACCCUCUUCUACGACUUGGCCGGCGACAUUCUUCCCGAUCAAAAGUUGGGUGUGACCCCAACGCAUGCCUUCAUCAAGCUGUUGCAAGAUAAAGGACAGCUUCGGAGAAACUAUACUCAGAACAUCGACGACCUUGAGAGUCUGGCAGGUAUAUCGAGAGACAAGACUAUACAAUGCCACGGUAGUUUUGCAACAGCAAGCUGCCGAAAGUGCAAAACCAAAGUAGACGGCAAAGCAAUCUUUCCGGACAUUCGCGCACAACGGGUAGCCCACUGCCAGAAAUGUAUUGCAGAUCUGAAGAAGGCCAAACCUACUGCCAAACAACAUCAUCAACGAAGAUUUGAUAGCGACGACGAAGAUGAAGACGACAGCAUCCCCGAACCAGGUGUCAUGAAACCAGACAUCACCUUCUUCGGCGAACAGCUGCCAGAUACUUUCUUCCAUCGCUUUACCAAACAUGACUCGAAAAUCACAGACCUUGUGAUUGUGAUUGGAACAUCGCUCAAAGUGGCGCCGGUUUCUGAGAUGCCACAUCAUUUCAAUCGCAACACACCGCACAUUUACAUCUCCAUGGAACCGAUCAAGCAUGUUGAAUUCGACAUUCAACUCCUGGGGAAAAGUGAUGAUGUCGUCGUGGAAUUAUGCCGCCGAGCGGGCUGGAAUUUGAAGCAUGAGAAGGUGCCAAAGGAUCUGCAGCUGGAGAUUGUGCCAGAAUCGGAUGAGCACCCACGUGGGCACGUGUGGAAGGUACAACCAGCAGGGACAUCUCGGCCAGUGACAGAGGAGGAGAAGCACCAGAAAGUGGUACCAAAUGUGAAAGAGGUUGGGGUUGCUCAUGCAGGUUCGAAGGAAGGAAAGAACAAGCAGCAGCAACAUCCUCGCACCGAAGGAUACGGCUCUGAGCACGUGAAGCUACAGAAGAAAAGACCUGCGUCUAUGGUCAUGGUGAGCGAGCGAAGCAAAAAGGUCAACGAGGUCAUUGAUUCGUCGGACUGAGGAGACCGGCGAGAGGAGAUUGUACAGGGCAGACGACGGCAAUCGGUAUGAGAUUACGAAGGGACGUGAAAGGAUGAACAAAGUUGCAUCGACUUGUAGCGUCGACCAAUGCUUUUGGGUUGAUACCUUAGAUACCUUAAUUGUGAUAUGUGUCUGCUUCGCAGCCAGACAGAGUUGCUCAUGAUUACCGUAGCAAAAGCUAGAGGUGUUCGGAAUGCGAAGAGACUGAACUGAU